CACAACCAUAUCCUCGUCCAGGGCCUCUUCCGCCCAUUGUCUUUUUUUCUCUCCACUACCAUCCAUUCUUUUACACUCUUUCAACCUCGAAAUCGUUCAGUCGUUUUCAGAACUGUUCCCUUGCACGGUCGCCUUGCUUUGGCUAUCGCCGUGUUGAGUUCAGUUUGUCCGUUCGUUUCAACCUCUGGCGCGUUUUUGCAAGACUGCUGCCGUGCGCUCUUUGUUUAUCAGAGCGAUAUUCAUAUCCACCGCUUCCUUUCAACAUUUAACUCUGGUUUGGCAGCUGGUCCAACAACAUCCAUAUAUCACGUUGUAACUAGCAUUUGGACUUGCGAAUUCACAUCACCCUCGUUACCGACGCACCCCCCACCGUUCUCGUCUGAGACAUUGCCGCCGCCGUCGCCCGUAUAAGGACAUCAGUCUCGAGACCCCUAAGGAACAGAUUCUUUAUUCCCGCCCUCUAUUAUAUUACAACGCCCUUCAUUCCAGUCGACUUCACAACCAGCCCCGCCAAUUUCGUCUUGAACGACGAUAUAUUCCACCAAAACCACGGACUUGGAAUUGGGAUCCUCGCGCGAUCUCCUCCUUUGAAUUUGUUGCCGUCGUAUCUGAAUUUCCGAAACUCCAGCAAACAUGCAUCUCCGGCAUCUGCAAGUACACCGCAGGGCCGACGGGCUUUUUGGGUUUGGUAACAUCGCUCAUGAGAUCGACGUCUCAUCCGACGGCUCAAAGCGUCAUGUACACAAGAGGCAACCACAAGAAAUAAGGACUGUCUACAAGACAAUGGAAGCUACUUUCGAAGGGAAGAUUGGUGGCUACAAAACAGUAGGCCACGAGCCUAAACCAACGGGCUCCUCAAAGGAUGAUGACGACGAGAGAGACUCAAAGAAGGAGGCCGAAGAAAAGAAGAAGGAAGAGGCUGAAGAGAAAAAGAAGGAAGCUGAAGAAGCCAAGGAAAAGGCAAAAGAACAGGCGGAGAAGGAGGAAGAAGCAGCGAAGAAAAAGGCUGCCGAAGACAAGGCGAAACAAGAAAAGGCUGAGGAAGAGAAGGAAAAGGCACAAGAGGCUGCCAAGAAGAAGGCUGCUGAGGAUGCCAAGUCUCGCAGCAAAUCCGAGGAUGACGAUGCGAAGGAGAGCUCGACAGCUAAACCGUCCAGAACUCGCGCCCAAAUUACCACUAGUAACGACCCAUCAAGCGUCCCUUCCGUUAUUAGCGAUCCCACUGGCAGUCAAUCUAUCGAAUCUAUUCUCGCCAAAGCCACUGGCUCAGCUUCUGCUUCCACAACUAUCGAUGAGGUUGCCGACAUGUCGGGAGCCUCGAGUCUCCCUAGCUCAAGCUCCAGUGCUGUGCCAGAAGCUAGUGGUGGCACCAGUGCAGGAACCAAGGCUGGAAUCGCGUUUGGUGUUCUUGGCGGAUUACUCGCCAUGGGCUUGCUUGUCUACUUUAUCUUCACUAAACGCCGAAAGCAGGCUGAGAUGGAAAGGCUCGAGAACGAUGAUGAGAAGCUUCAUGGGCCGAUGGCUGGUAACGGUGGCCCUCCAAUGGUUGCCGCAGCUGCUGUCCGUCGUUCUAUGUCUCCUGAGCCCACUGAAACUGCCUCUAUUCGCACUGAUGCAAAGGCUCCCCGUGUUAGUCUCCGACCUGUCACCCAAUUCCUUCCAAACUGGAACGGUCUUGAAAAGGAGAAGCGCGCAAGCAAAGGUGCAGGUUUAACUCUUGCUGUACCAGCUGCCGCUUCUUCACCUGCUACUGGUCCCUUAUCCCCUCGAGCCGUUGGAGGCAGUGCCUGGGAGCGUCCAACAACAGCUCAAAGCGUCGAUCCAGCUAACCCCUUCGGCACUCAGGCCGAGCGUGUUCCAUCUCCCGUUCAGGAAGAGACUGCUUCUGCGAUGAGGGCUUCUCCCAGCCCCAUGUCGGAAAAGUCGACCAUUGCUGUUGCUGCCGCCGCCGCUCUCCCUGCCGCCACCGCUCCAGUUUCACCUCAAUCACCUUCUUCUCCCCAGGGACCCGCCUCCGCCAAUGGACCUGCAGUUGCCGCUAUGGUCGCUCGUAAGACUUCGAUUCGCAAGGCUGGAGGCCCUCAGCAACUUGACCUGACCCUUCCGAAUACCCCUAUGGCAGCUGUUCCCGCUAGUCCUGCUGGUACUGAGUACAGUGGCUCUUCCGCUCCUUUUGGAGGCCUUGACAGCCCUUCUGCGGGCGCCGCGGCUAUUGCUGCUGCUGGCGGACCCGCAAACUCGGCCGUUCACCGCGUGCAGCUUGACUUCAAGCCCACUAUGGACGAUGAAUUGGAACUUAGAGCUGGUGACCUCGUACGACUCCUUCAUGAGUACGAUGAUGGCUGGGCUCUCUGCAUCAGACUUGACCGUUCUCGACAGGGUGUUGUUCCUCGAACCUGUUUGUCAACUCGUCCUGUGAAGCCCCGCCCUGCUCAAGGCGGCCCUCGCCCAGGCCCUCCUGUUAAGGCUGGCGGGCCUCCCCGAGGACCCGGACCUAAUCAGCCCCAUGGACAACGACCUAUGACCCCCCAAGGAAACUUUGGUCAAGCUCGACCUGCCUCACCUGCUGGUCCUAAUCCUAACGGCAGUCGUCCUCAAUCACCAAUGGGACCUCCUGGCCGGCCUCAAGGACGUCCAAUGAGCCCAGGUCCUCGAGCACAGUCACCCGGUCCUCGUAAUGGACCCCCAAGUGGCAGACCCAUGAGUCCUGGACCUCGUUCUCAGUCACCUAGGCCUGCUGGUGGCCGUUCACAGAGCCCAAGCGGGAUGAACCGAAGAAAUAACCCCCCUGGACCCAGUCCCAUGAAUCCUUCUCAGGAGCCUCGCUCAGGGCCAUCUCCUUCGGGCUCUCUUAACAGGAAACCCGUACCUGGCCAGGCGUAUUGAGCGGCCUACAGCCGUUGAUUGCCCUGUAUGAAACAGUAUUAAAAGGAACGGCGUUCUGCGGUACCAUGGAGAGACUCUGAGCAUUAUGGUCUGCUCACGCUUCUUUACUCUUCUGGUGGAUGAUUUAAAUUCCUUUCGAACUUCUUGUCACUCACUCGACCAAUUAUUUUCUUUUUAUGUGGCUACUUUCGAGCUACUUCUUUUUCUCGUUCCACGUUUAUAUAAAUUUCAUAUAUCUCGGGCGGUCGUUAACCCGUCAUUGUGGCAUGGUAUGCCAUUUACGCUCAUGUCAGGGUGACUUGGCGAGUGGCUAUCUCAGUCAUUUAGUUUGAAGGGAGACGUGUAUACAGGUUACGACGUCUUGCUGCGAGAUCUUCUCCUCCGAUGGAAGGAGCUGCGCUAGUCGCUAAUGUGUAUCUACGUUUGCGUUUGUUCUUUUCGAAUAUUACUUCUUCCUCUGUGGCUGGUUUAAGGUCCUUGGAUGGAGAGAAGAAAGGGAGCUUGUUUGGUAGCAUAUCGCAACCAGCAGCUAGGAAUUUAAGACUUGAGACGAAAGAUAGGAAAUGAAAUUAUUCCUCGAUGACUUACUUCCGUUAGUCCUGUGUACCUGUCC